UUUUGACUGUCUAAGCCUAAUCUUUAAGUUCGUGACAGUAAUCUUGUUAAUACUGUUAAUAAAAAUUCAUAUCCGGAUUGUUCAAGCAAAUAACAGGAAUCAGUUGACUUUGUCUAAGGUAUCACAACAAAUAAUUUAGACGCGUCGCGCGGUUUUUUAUAAAACUUCAUUUUACGAGCAAAAGGAAAAGAGGGAAACGAAAUAAAUAAAAGUAUUUUUUUUAAUUUAUUUCUUUUAUUUGUGUAUAAUUUAUAGGUUUCUUUUUUUCUUUUGCCAAGCCCAUUAUGGGGGAUAAUGGUUCUUUGGGCUAUUGAAUGCUCUUUUGGUCUAUUGAAGACAGAACAAAGAGAAGGACCCGUCUACCCCAUAUUUGUUCUGAAAAAUGAGAUUCACACCUAUCAUGAACAAGAAUCCUCACAGAAGGAGAAAUCAAUUGGAAACGCUUUUAGUUUAUUAACGAGCAUUCGAAACCAGAAAGCAAACUACUUUGAUGUGUUUGUAUUAUUGAAAAGAUUCGGCACCCCUGAGCUCCUUACUGUCUAUAUAACUUGUGGUUUUAGGAUAAUAUUAUUUUCUUUUCUAUCGUUUUCUUCUCUACAUUCCUGUUCUGUUCUGUAAGUUGCAAUGGGCAUCCAAGCGAUUGCGCGUCAGGAUUAUGUGCACAGCUCAGAAGCUUCUCAUCUGUCAUUCCAUACAGGAGACACGAUUAUUGUUGUCAACAUACUUGAAAAUGGUUGGUGUGACGGCAUUUGCUCUCAGCGUCGAGGUUGGUUUCCUUUGUCUUACAUCGACAUUCCCGGAUUCCAAGGUCAAGCAUCCAAAAAAUCGAGAAUUUGCAGUGAUCAAGAUUCUUUGAAUGAUUCAAGGAGUAGCCUAGACUUCCCACCUUUGCCAGAGGAUGACUCUGCCACUAAAAGUCCUCCUGCUAAGGAUAACAAUCCCGUUCAUCAAACUAUCCUUCAACCUCUCCUCCGUAAUACUCUCGAAUAUGUAACCCUCAUCCGGAAAUCCGUUUAUUUUGGCCGUACUCAAGUGUUGUCUGAAGCAUUAGAUGUAAUACGUACAGGAGCAUUAACUAUUCUCGUGCGUCUUGGAAGUCUUUUAGACGACCAUUCUCCGUUUACAAAAGAGCUUGUGUAUAUAUUCUCCAUGUUAGAAACAUUGGUGACGCUUUCCAGGAGGAGGAACCUGUACAAAAGCUCUUGUAUACAAUUUACGCAGCUUUUAAAAACACUUGCAUGUUUGUUUGUGGAUUAUAUAAAAAGGGAAGAAAAGGAACCGUCUUCCGAAACAUCGAAAGAAGCCAAAGAUGUCUGCUUUUUACCUUCGAGUCAGUCUUUGGUGUCUCCACCUUUUCAUCAGCUUCAAGAUAAGUCGCUACCUCUAUGUACAACCACUUAUGUUGCUAUACUUUCCCUUACUCAUCACGCAUAUACUUUUUUAUCGACAAGCCAUUUCUGGCAACAAAAUAACACCAAGCAACUCGAUUUACUUUUCCAGCAUAUAUCGGAAGGCAAGCGGUCCGCAACAGAAUACUUGGAUACAGUCUUUGACAAUUUCACCAAUAUACUCCAGUCCUUAAAGCGCGUCCACUCAGCUUUUCAGAAAGUGGAUUAUGCAGCGUUUGACGUAUCAGUGCCUUCAAUUACGAUUCAUCAGAUUUUUGGGUCUUUAGACAAUUAUUCUACUAAAAUUAGUGAUCUAUUCAUGACAGCAAUAGAGCUUGAGCAAGCAUUUGAUGAUGUUAUCUAUAAGAAUAGGAGCAUACGAACACUCACUCCUUACUUGCUACUUAUUGAAACAAAUUUUCAGGAUGUAAAGGAUAUUCUUCUUCAUUUAACGGAAAGAUUCCUUUUCCUCUCUCUUGAACAUCGCUACCUAACCCAAUUUAUUCCUGGGCUUGAAAGCGUAGAGAGUAAGCAAAUAGAACUCAUGGAUAUGGAUGACAUUACUUGGUACGAUUCAAAGGGGCUCGUCCAUUACUUAUUAAAACAAUCGACUAUAGAGCCAAAGUCCAUUAGGAAUUGGUUGUUUCUGUAUUGGUCAAAUACAACCUCGUACAACGAUGAUGGAAAAGUCAAGUUUGCUUCUCUUACUUCUAUUUUAAACAAUAUUGUUCGUGUAGAUAUUGACAACACGCUAUUUAUAAGAACUUUUCUUAGCACACAUGCUAGUAUCAUUAGCUCAGGCGAUUUGUUUUCUAUUUUAUCUUCGCAUUAUUUAUUUCUUGGUCAGUCGCAAAGCUUUUCAGGCCGAGUUGAUGCUACUCUUAUAAAACGCGGCCGUAAAAAGAUUGUUGACGUUAUGCUCACUUGGUUAGAAUCAUACUUUAUUGAAGAAUUGGAAAAUGUACAUACGAUUUUGUUCUUGACGAAUGCCUACUUAUUUUGUGAAGAAUUUAUGGUGCCUACUUUCUCUCCUUCACUUGAGUUGCUGCAACAUAUUUCUAAUAUGUUAAAGCAUCCCUCCACAAAACUUGUUAGGUCAUUGACAAAUGGCCUUGAAAUGCAAGAUCCUGAGGAUAAUACCGCAAUUUCCUGUCCUUUGGAUAGCAUGAACGUUAAAGAUGAUUCCCUUUUCCUUUUUCCGCCCGAUGAGAUCGCUAAGCAACUAUGUCUUAUUGAAUUUCAUACUUUUUCAAACAUCACUGCUGUUCACUUUCUUACAAAAAUAUGGUCAAAUUUGAAAAACAUCGCUACGAAUGAAUCGAGUACUGUUUGUUACAUUUCUAAUCAGUUAGUCAACUUUGUUGCCGAAACUAUUGUGAGAGAAAGAGACUUGCGAAAACGUACACAUUUUUUAAGCUUUUUCAUUCAAGUCUCACACUGUCUUUUCAAAUACAAUAACUUUGCGAGUUUAUUUUCUAUCAUUUCUGCUUUAAAUUCGGCUCCAGUUCAUCGUCUUAAAAGGACUUGGUCGAACUUAAGUAACAAAUAUUCGAUAUUGUUUGACUCACUGAAUUCUUUAACAGAUACAAGCAAAAAUUUUUCUCAAUAUCGAGAAUGCUUGGAGCGUUGUUCACUGCCGUGUGUUCCAUUUCUAGGCGUUUACUUUACCGAUUUGACAUUUCUAAAAUCAGGGAACAAGGAUACAAACAAAAACUUAAUUAAUUUCGAUAAACGCAUGAAAGCAGCAAAAAUUUUAGACGAGGUUCAGCAGUUUCAAGCUGUCCCUUACAAAUUUGAUGCUACCAAUGAUUUGCAAGAGUUGUUACAUGAGGUCGUAUCUAAAGAACGAGACUCUAACUUUAUUUACAAUGAGUCUUUACUCUCGGAACCACGAGAAUCUGAAGACCAGACCCUACGGCGACUACUUGUAGAUUCCGGUAUAUUUUAAUGGUUUAUGAUUUAACGACGACUGUAUGAUGAUCAUUUGCAUAAAAUUUUGGUAAUAAGGUGAAUUGUUGGAUAAUUUAAUUUAACAUAGAAUACAAUAAUUAAAAAAACUUCUUUUUUCAUGGG